AGCGACUGGGGCAGGAGCUGGACGCAGCUGGCAGCAUCGCAGCUGCCUCUUCCCGCGGCCGUUUCUCAUUGGCUGGUACAAGACCUCCGGGGCGGGGUCUGCGAGGUCUUCGCGGUUCUCGGCGGCUGAGAUGGAGGAAGAUGGUCCUAGCUUUAGGAAGAAUGGCUGGACCAACUCACAGCUCCAUCAACAUUAUACUGGAGCUGGUAAGGAAGUUGCUGUACUUACAUUUUAAGGAUGACAGAUGCAAAGUCAGUGCCGAUGCUCUGCAGCUCAUGGUGGAGAUGCUAAAGAUCUUUGUCCUAGAAGCUGCAGCCCGAGCAAUAAGGCAGGCCCAGGCCGAAGACCAGGACAAAGUUGACAUUGAACAGUUCGAGAAGGUGUUACCUCAGCUGCUUCUUGAUUUUUAGAAGCAGGAGCACCGGAGAAGAUGACAGGUUAUGAGAUCAAAAUGAGCUCCCUGAACCUUUUCAUGUCGUCAUCUGCCUGCCUACGUACCUGGUUCCAGGACAGGGAACUAAGCUCACACCAACAGUUUGGGUGGUGUCUUAUUUCAAUCAGGAGUCCUCUUAGGCCCGAUUAUGUUUACUUCCUGCCCUAACUGAAGCAAACCAAACACAAGGUCUGUAGUGGCUGUCCGCCUGAGAAUUUCUACCAUGGCCACUUAGCAUCAGGAUGAGGGUCCCUUGAAUUCCCAUUUGCCAGGGCUGGAGAAGAAGGAAGCCUGGGUGGUGUCUUCCUGGAAAUAGCACAAGGUGGGAGGUGAGGGAGGAGGAAAGGGUACUGGGAUCCAGGUAAGAGGGCAAGCCAGGUCAGGCUGGAACAAAGUGAAGUGAGGUGAGGCCCUCGAGUUCCAGCACACUUGGAUUUCCUGCCCCAGGGGCUACUCAGUUCAAGAUCAAGGUGCUGGUGCUGCCAUUCAUUCUUAGCUCCCUGGAAAACAAAGGCUGUAUGUACACGGGGCUGAAGAGUCACCACACCCCUGCCUCUGCCUCAUCUCCCCCAGUUCUGGCCCUGGGAGGGGCUCCCAAGCCCUCCACGGGGCACCCAGCUCUGAGCCAGGUACCUGAUCUCUAGUUUAUACACGAACCUGGUGCUGAGCCUGGUGCUCCCCUUCUCCCAACAUUCUUGCUGCCGUCUGACAUCAAAGCUCGUUUGUAACCUUUUAACCAUUUGAUAUUCCCCUCAGAAGCUGCUUCCCUGAGCUAUAAAUUUGUUCUCACAAAGCAACAUCAAUAAAUCAAAACUGUCUCCC